ACUGCAUUGAAUCUAUUACUUUCUAACAAAUAUUCAAUUAUUAUAAAAUUGCGAUUAAUUAAUUCUUAUUUAAUGUUCUAAAAUUUUUAAGAUACUAGUAAGUAGUAAAUUGAGGACUUGGCCAUUUUAAUACAAAAGCUUAAAAACGAUUAGCUUAGCAUCUCAUAAAAGAUUUAGGCUAGUGUUUAAAAGUUAGAGUAAUAAAAUUAAGAAUUUUAGCCUCCUCAUUUUUUACUUAAAAAUUAUAAUCAUAGUACAAAUAAUUAAGAAACCCAAUCUUAGAAUAAGGAGAAUUAAUUUUUUUUGUAAGAAAAUGAGCACUGGAGUUUUAGCGAGAACUCUCAAAGCAAGUCUCCUACUAAGAUAAUUACUCUUAAUAGCUCAAUUACAAAUUAAAAUGUUAAUGCAGAUAAUAAAAGUUAAAGCAAUAACAUAGCACAAGGAUUUACUUUAUACGGGUAAGAUUCAAGCUAUCAGCAUCACUUUACUACUUAAGGAUCUAAUUUCUCUUUAAAUCAUGAUGAAGACUAUGAAAAAACAUAAAAUGGAUUCAUAAAUACUACAAAUGCGACCACAACAGUCUCAAACUAAGAUUCACCUAAGAAUAAUUAUCAGCAUAUUUUUGGAGAAAACCACAAUUCUUUAUUGAAAAAUAGUAAAUAGGAGAAUAAGGAUAACAUUUUUAUUAUUUAGGACAUUGAAUGUUAAGUAGACAGUCAAUAAGAGCUAAUUUAAUAGUAAAAUAAAAUGGAUAGUGAGUCAAAUAAUUAAAUGAAUAAAGAAAUUAAUAAUAAAGACUCCAAGAAAUUGAUAGAGGAAAUUAAAAAUCUUCAAAAGGAAAAUCAAGAAAUAAAAAUAUUUCUCAAAUAAUAAUCAUAGCAAAUAGCCACCUAUCAAGAAAUCAUAAAGUAUAAGGAUGAAUAGCUAAAAAAGCAAUAAGAGCUUGAAGAUUCGAUGAAAAAAAUUAUGCAAGGAUUGCUUGAGUAACUUCGAUAAUCAAAAUAAUAGGUACAACUUUUGAGUCACCAAAAGCAAGAAAGCCAAAGCCUAUUGUUUGGUCUUGAAGAGGAAUACUAAAAAGUUGUUUCUGAGUUAAAUUAAAAAAAAAACUAAAUAAAAUAUAUUCUAAAUGAAAAUAUUUAGUUAGAAAAAGAUAUUGCAGAGCUAAAGAGAGAUUAUGAGCUGAAACUAGAAGAAAAAUACAAUUCCUAAUACAACUAAAAUUAUUAAGCACAAAUUGAAUAAUUGCUAAAUAUAGUUUAAUAAACAAAGCCUUAAUAGAAAGAUAACUCUCAAAAUAUAAUCUUAAACAGCAUAUAAAAGCAACUUACAUAGUAAUUAAGGUAAAUAAAUGAAUCGGAAUUGAAAAUACAGCUACUAAGAAAAUAAAAUAAAAAAUAAAAAUAAAAACUUUUGCAACAAGCGAUGAAUAAAAUGCAGUUAAUUUUAAUGUCUAAAAAGCUAUUUUAUUUUAAAUAAUUAUGCAAACAUUCAUUCUAAAAUAAUAUUUAAAAACUGUUACAGUGA